AGGAGAUGACGGACUUUUCAUUUUAUCCUAAUCAUGCCUGCCUCUGCCUCUGCUGCUGCUUGGUGCUGCUUUUGCCGCGGCAAAGCAGAACACUCUCGAUUUCCCACGUUCCAAUCGAGAGUCGUGACCGCCCUGCGCCCAGGAGGAAAACCCCCCUUUUCUGUCGCUAUAACGGCCACUUGGGAUCAACGCAACGCGAAUUGGACCACCAGGACCACCAGUGCCGAAUGCGUCCGCCAUCUGCCCGUGCUCGGUCUGACCCCUGUUGGCCUGCCCGCCAAUGCUAGCAGGCUGCCUCUCUGCUGCAGCUGACUGACGACGUCAGAGCUGAUAUGAUAGCGUUUAUUAUUGUUUUGAUUUACUAUCAUGAUUAUAGUACCUAGAAUUGAUCCGAUGCGCCACCGAGUCUGCUGCCAUUCAUGCCACUCGGGAUCGGAUGCCUUCCUUCUCUCAGCAUGUAAUUAAUAAUAGAAGCCAAAUGCUAAUACCCCAUUGAAUCAUAGUCUUCAGUCACCAAGACGUAUGGCCCUCCUUACCCCCAUUCUGAAAACCCUCAGACCCUCAGACCGUCGGCAUGAACGCACCAAAUACACCUACUUGAGCAGGCAUGAGAGCGGCACGACUCCAGGCUGAAUGAAGCCUGCACAACCGCUGUGUUGGCCCACCAAAGGCCCGGCUGCCUGUGGCUUCCGCUUGGCACCAUCAAGAGCCGACGUUGGACUCACGUUGGCCGACUGUUGGGCCUCAGCCAUCAAUCAUAGCCUGGUCGGUCCUUUGAGUGCCACUGGAGUUGAUGCAUGGGACCUCUGCUGCGCUGCGCCGCGCCGCGCCGCUGCCUGGUGCGUGUCAGCCAACAUGUUUUUACACAUUUCUACCUGUAUCAGCUGUAUCAGAGCCGGGGGGUAGAUUUGGCAGUGUUAUGAAUGACAAUCCGUGGUCACAGCCAUUGCGAGAGUAUUUAUUGUGGGCAUGGAGCACUCGGAAGGUUGUCCCGUCGUCUGUCGUCUCCUUCACCAUUCCUACUACCUAAGUAGGUACCAACGCUCUCCAUAAGCCACACAUCAGGUUACAGGUCCAAUUGUUCAAGCUGGUUCAUAUCCCUUUACCCACGUCGACGAGCAGCCAUGGCUACCAACACAGAGGCACUAUCAUCACAGGUCGCCACCCUCUACCUUCAUAGCAGUGACUGGUGGUCAGAGUUCGAAAACUCUAAGGAUGAUGCCGACCAGCUUAAAGCCCGCAUGACAACAAUACCCAUUGUCCAUCGUCUCUCUCGGAACGCCAGCAACAGGUACGAGACUUGCCGUUUCACUGUCAACGAUGUCUUGAUGCAACAAAUUCUCAUCGACCUUUUCGAGGAUUACCAAGGCUUCGACUUGCACUUGGAGGGCUGGACUUUCCAAAAGCCCUUCCAACCCUUUGUUCACAGAUGGGACCGAUUGAGCCAACAGCUUGCAGAUAUGAGAGCUAGUGAAGAUGUGCCCCUUGACAUGAAGCACGCUAUCAAUGGUCUGGUGACCUUCCUGGAGCCUGUUCUCGCCCCGUGGGUCAAGGCCCUGGCGGGAACCCGUGCUACAGGCCAGGUGUCCUACCAGGAUAUCUGGCAGAUCUUUCCCCCUUCAGAACUCAUUGUCACCACUACACGGGGUGUUCCUCAUCUCGGAAGAAUUACCAAGUACGAGAAGAAACACGGCGAAUGGCGGAUCUAUUUCGAGAAGCUAGGCUGGGACGGGAACCGCUGCGGCUAUGUCAAGGAACGUGUGCAAAUCAGGCACUUUGAAGGUGACCGCUAUGUGAACUCACUGCAGGUCUAUCCAGUGUCUUUCCACAGCGAUCGCGAGGGCUUUGAGGCCGCAAUGCUUGAACGAGGCAGGAAGUUUGAGCGCCUCAGGGGCUACCAUGCCCAGGUUUACAAGGGGAGCAUGCAUUGCUUUGACGGUGCAGGAAAGAAGCAGGUUGAGGGCCGUGUCAUCAUUGAUGCAUUUGCAUACUUCAUGUCCACAGGUAACCCCAGGCCCGGCAUGCGGUCAUUGGACGGGCUAGGUUCGAGAUCCAGAGACACGUCGAGAGCCAGGUCUCGGUAUGGCUCGCGAUCUCACAGUCCAGAUGAAUAUCAGCCGGACGAGUAUCGGCCGAACGAGUACCAGUCGGACGAGUACCAGCCGGACGAGUACCCGCCAGAGAAUUUUUCCGAAACGUCAGAUUCCUACGGAUUUGUGGAGGUACCGUCAAAGUUCGAGGAUGCCAAUGGCUCGGACUUAUGGGGUCGUAAUGAGGAGCUUCCGCCGCUCACAAGUGAGCAGUGUAUGAUUGUGGAUCCCUGGCUCGUAGCAUUUGAGAUGCAGACAAAGCGGUGGGGCGUUGUGAACAUCGAUGGCCUCUCCGACGUCGCCUGGAAUUAUGACGCCUUCGACAACCUUGUCGUCCCAGAUGAUGAGAAGCAGCUCGCUUGGGAUUUUGUGGAGAGCAAGACCACGUCUAACGAGGCCUUUGAUGAUUUCAUUCCCGACAAAGGCCGUGGCAUAAUCAUCCUGAUGUUUGGCCCACCAGGUGUCGGAAAAACUUUCACCGCAGAGGCAGUAGCUGAGCGCGCAAACGUGCCUCUUUACUCGAUCAGCGCGAGCGCACUUGGCACAGAGCCUGCAGAGAUCGAACAGAAUCUCGACAAGGCACUACAGGUGUGCAAGCUGUGGAACGCAAUGCUACUACUGGACGAGGCGGACGUUUUCCUAGCAGCGCGGCAGAGUGAGAACAUGAAGCGCAACGAGCUUGUUUCCCUGUUCUUGACAAAGCUGGAGUACCACCCUGGCAUCCUCUUUCUGACAACCAACCGGGCCUCCGAUAUCGACUUCGCCUUCCAGUCCCGGGUAGACCUAUUCCUGCCAUACUAUGAGCUUACCGAAGAGGCACGCCUCAAGAUAUGGAAAAAUUUCAUUAAUCGGGCAGGGAGAGACGGAUUCUCCUCUGCCGAUAUGGAAGCGGGCCUGAAGAAGUUGGCACGUCUGACCUUGAAUGGCCGAGAGAUUAAGAACCUGGUCAAGACCACCCAGUUGCUCAGCCAGAAGGCUGGUGGCUUUGGUUCCAUGGAAAAGCUCUACUUUCUCGCUGAAAAGCGCGUUCGUGCGCUGAAGCUGCUUGCAGAGCGAGGGGCGUGAUUUGAACUGUGCGACGAACGGCCUGGACGAAUGCGUUACCAAGUUUAUGUUAGUCGCCAGUGCCGAUGCGGUUCAAAUGUUUGAUGCUGCCAUAUCGACAUAGAUUGAGGAACGUGAGGUAUAUAAUGAAGCUGUGAUUUCUUUACUGA